AUGGCCGCGGGGGCCCAGCGGCAGCGCCCGGUGGUGGGGCCGGAGCUGCUCAAGGCCUCGCACUUCGCGCUGGGGCCGGACGCGCGGCUGCAGAUGAGCGGCCAGCGGUCCACGGCGCAGCGGGACUUCCGGCCCCACGGCCCCGCCGCCCCCGAGCCGCCCAGCGCGCCGCCGCCCCGGGCCACCCUCUUCCAGCGGGACGCGCGCUGGGCCGGCGAGGAGCGCGUGUCCGAGUCGCACGCGGCGUUCGCGCCGUACGCCACGCAGUCGCGGGAGCUGGAGCGGGAGCGCACGCUGGCCAUGCAGGCCAGCCACCUGCACCUGCACGCCGACCCGCGCGGGGGCGCCCCGCUCUCCACCGCGCGCGCCGACUUCCGCUGGCCGCAGCUGCCCGCGCGCCACAGCCAGCAGGCCCGCGGCGCGCGCCUCAUCUUCCACCGCGACUCGGUGCCGUUCGGCGACAGGGCCAAGCUGGGCAUCCCGCCCACCACGUACCAGGCGCUCUUCCCGCCCUGCGACGCGUGCCCGCAGCCCCGCGCGUCCUGCCACCACCUCGGGGGCCCCUCCCCCCUCAGGUGGGAUCACAGGAGGUGGGACCACAGAUGCGACAAUAGGACCUCCUACCAGAGACAGUUCCAGGCCCUGCGGGGCCCACCUGCCCUGAUGUGUAAGAGGGACUCCUCCAGUGUGUCACUGGGAGACGUCAAGAUUGGUUAUGGGCCCAUGCAUUCCGAGCAGAAGCAAGCCUACAGGCCCCCGGAUCUGCCCCCAGACAGGCAUGACAGGGCCCAGGCCGCAGCCUGCAUCCACCCUGGGAGCAUUGGAGACGGCCGCUUCCACAGCAGGACCACCAGUGCCGAGCACUUCUACGGGCGGCAGCCAGAGCCUUUCGUUCUUCACAGUGACCAGACUCCGAAGUCACACAUCCUGGAAGGGGACUGGCGCCCUGGUCCAGGCAGCCUCACCACCUCCAUGAACUUCUUCUACGGCCAGCCGCCACCGGUGACCAAACCAAACAGCCGCCACAUUCCUCUUGAGCAGCUGCGGGAUCACGUGAUCCUAGGGGAGUCCAAGUUGCUGGGACAGUUCUUCCAGACCACCAUGGGCUCGGACUAUUACCCCACCAGCGCAGAGCGGCCCGAGACAGCACCCAACCUGCACCUGCUGCCGAGCAACGUGCCGAAGGGCACGGGCAAACUAGAUUUAUUAACCACGAACCAGAAGAUGCUGAAACCACACAGAAUAGCUCCGGCCUCCAUGACCCAGGAGAUGCUACAGCGGUGCAAGCACAGCCACGUGGAGCCCCCGCUGGGUAGAUGGCGCUGCUUCUUAAGCCAAUACAAGGACCAGUAUACCUUCAAGCACCAGGGCCCACCCACGCGGGAGUUGACCAACUUCCAGGAAAGCCACCUGACACUGGGCUCCUCUAACCUGGCGGGCUGCUGGGGCGGGAAGGUUGAGCCUCAGGCCCCCCCGUGCCCUACCCAGCAAUAA